UAUUGUUUCCACACAGUUCAUUCGCCAAGCUAUCCUUUGUGUUCACGCACCACGAAGUGGCUUCGAGAUAAUUACGGUAAUGAAAACUAAAGUCAACAGUAAACAGACAGUGCUUAUUCGCUUGCGAGUUAGCCCUUGACCUCACUGACAAAGCUACUCAAUCAUCCAUUGAGGUUCAAACGUGAUUUCGUUACCAAAUCGCGGAUUCCUUUAUGUUCAUAGUGUAUCAUUUCGUUUGCGUUGCUAUGAGCAAUUGAAUGGUGAAUUCAGGAAAAAUUGCAAACAAGAUGAGAACUUUGACGAGUGUAAAGGAAAGGCACAUCAUUAAUUUGGAUUUUAUGGUUGGUAACUGCUGUGAAAUCGAAUCAAAAACUUCGAUCGAAACCACAACGAUUUGCAACGCUUGAAGGAAAACAGUUUGAUCUUCAAAAUGGCUUACGAAAAAUCGGUCAUUAACAUCAACAUUAACUUUGAGAGUGACGAGCAGUUCAUUCCUCAUCUACCGAAGCCGUUUCUGGUGAGAAAAGAUCGCGGUAAAGGUAAACUUGGUACAAUUCAACCAAGUCACGAAGCACAAAGGACUGCAAUUGAAAUACAUAAAAGAGUCAUGGAAGUUCAAAGAUUUCGCCGUGACAGUCAAAGUGCUUUGGAAGCUCCUCUGUUAGUUACGGCUCUUAUAAAGAAAACUCACCAACGGCUCGACACCAUUCAGGAGAAAAGUCAAUCACAUCUUACGCCACUGGAGAAAUUCAUCUGGGCAGCACGGGUGGUUCAUGUUUUAGUUUCGUCUUGCAUGAGAUGGAGAAGAUACAAGAAACCAGAUGGAAGUACCAAAAGUAGACAAGAUUCAGCUGACUCAGGAACAAGAAAAGGAAGUCAGAAAAACUCUGGAAUUGGUUUUGAUACAAGAGCAUUCAAAGGGAAAAGUAAGAUCUCCGAUGAACUCCGUCAGAUUUUAACAUCCAUACCUCGAGUGCGAACAAAUGAAGGGCUUAAGAAGAUCCAGAGACUUUGUCGGAGUACGCGUGCGUUCAUGAUAUUUCCACUGGAGAGAGAAAGUGAUCUGUCCCGCCUCGUUGGAUAUGAACGAUACGACAAUGGUCGAGUACUUGCCUGUCAGGGGAGAAUACCGGAGAGAUUUUAUUACGUCCUCUCAGGGAGAGUUAGUAAAGUUUGUGUCUAUGAUCUGGCUGCUGGUGUUACAAAGAUGUCUUUCGGGGAGCUGAUGCAAGGAAAUACAACCGAUCCUGUGGAACUGAUGAACGGUACAGAAAGAGAACAUUCUCUGAUAUGCAAAGGACCUGUUGAAGUUCUCGUGUUAGACAAAGAGGAUUUCAUGGAACUGAUGAAUACAAGCCCGGACAGCGGACUGCCGAUUGAAACAUUGAGGUCAAUCGAACUCUUUCGAAACUUUCCGCUGGAAAAGUUUCUAGACGACAAAGACGCCAUUAUGACCAAAUACUUUGCUAAAGAAGCAGUGAUUGUUAAAGACAGUAGUGAUACACCAUUCUUCUACAUCGUGAAAUCAGGGAGGUGUAAGGUUGUUAGAAAGCAGGAAGUGUUAGAUAUGAGCAAGACAACAAAGCUUCCCAGCAUUACCACUGUGACGAGGAAAUCUCCAAGGUCAACUCCUGGUAAAAACCCCACAAGUCUGUUAGAGCUAACGGAAACAUUUUCUAAGAAAAACAAGUCGCGAUUGGAUAAAAUAACGAUGAGAACCUCAGUGUGUUCUAUGAACCCAAAUAUAAAAAUUACAGGCGACUCGGGAAUUAUGUUUGCUGAAAAGAACGAUGGUGAGCAUCCCACUUCAAGACAACUUGAAAAGGACCCGAUUUUUGAUUCAUGUGGCAUGACAUGUCCUAAGAAGCCAGACAAAAUAACCAAAAAGGUGUCCGACGUUUCAGUUACCAUUCCCACGAGAACAGCGCUCCUGCAAAUCGCUGUUCUAAAACCAGGGAAUAUGUUUGGCCUGGAGUCCAUGAUGCCUAAAGUUGCCACCAAGAUAAGUUCAGAGACUGAUGCAGUUGAAGAAAAUCAAGAUCCCUCCACAAAAAGCCUCAUCUUGAUCAGUGAAGGAGCUGAGUGUAUCAUGAUCAACAAGAGGUUCUUCUUAAUGAACGCCAGCAUCACCACUCUCGUUCAGCUAAAAGCUUUGCGAGAAGAUUAUAUGACUGUACCUGAUGCUCGACACCGGAUCCAAUGCUUAGAAAGUUGGGAUUUGUACAAAGGAGAACUAAUAAGAACACUGACGACAAGAGCGGAAAAACAAGCGCGAAGAUAGCCGUGAAUAUUUUUAAUGAUUCAGUCCUUAGUAUGACUCAGCUUACGUACCUGCAUACAUCCGCUGGCUUGGAACAAGCGUUCAGGAUUAUUGACUGUCUCUAAGAGAUGGAUUCUAUUUCCUGCUCUCCCACGGAAACUUUAUGCUGGCGUAAAUUUAAAGCAUAUUCUGGAAAAAUCCUCGGAGACCGCCAGACGAGAAUAACUUAAAUUGGCCACUUCCGUUUUCUGACAACCCAGAUAUCCACUUUCUUUUCAGAGUUUCUCUCCUGUUAGAGGAAAAGAUACUCUGGUGACGAGAUCGUCUACCAAUGAUAAGAAAAUUAAUAUAUUUGUCUCUUUUGAUAAAUCAAAGAAUUGUCCCGAAAGUAGGGAAAUUAUUUAUGGGAUGUAAAUGUGAAUACUAAGAAAACAAGAGUGAAUAAUGAGUGACAUUUUGAAAAAAGAAAACAAACCACAUUCUUUCAUGAGGGUCUCAAAGGGGUGAGGGCUUUUGCGGCUAAAGGUUCAAAUUUGGCAAAUUUAUCUCAAGGAUUAAUAUCUUUCCACUGUGGUACCCAGAAAAAAUUUUACGGCUCACUUUUUUAUUACGACAAACGCUUAAAUUUUUGGUUAACCCCUUUAAGACUCUCUUUCAAGGAGAACACAUACGGAUAAAAUAUCCAAAAUCACCCUCUCUAAAUUAUUCACCCCACCCCCUCCCUGUCAACAUACACACAAAACACUGUUGCGGUCCUACGUGGUUACACAUAACUUGCACGAACAAAUCUUGAGGAACAUAUGUCGCCAAAUUAGAGUCGUGUUAGGAUUUUUGUGUUAACAUAAAAUUUACAUUGUUCAAUUCAAUUGAAAGUUCAAUUGCACCAUUGUGAAGGACACUUCUCUCUUUCUCUUGGUUUUCUAGUUGUUAAAUUAUUGACAGUGUAUAUGAACUUCUCCAGUAUCAGCAAAUCGAAAUGGGUGUAAACAGAUUGAACAAAAUAACAGAUAAUUUUAUUAUGAUUCAUAAUUUUUUUCAGAGUGUUAAUUAAUUUCUCAAGCAUCAAUAAAUUGAAAGAGUGAGAGAUGAGUAUUUUGAUUGUAAAUAAAGAAAUCAAAAGUAAAGAGAAACUUUUGCAGA